ACGUCACCGGAUGAAGAUGCAGAGCAGCCGCUAGCUUGACAUAAAGUAGCUUAGGCUGAGCUGGCUGUUUGGUUGGGGCUGUUUUGACUCCGCUGGUUGUUCCACAUCGACGUCCUUCUCUACGUGGAAGCUGGUCGCUCUCGUCGGGGAGGUUUCCACACCGAGGCGGGGGCUCAACACAUCGACCUGCUUCAAGCAGAACCGAUCAGAACAACCCAGAAUCUGCUGAACUGACGCAUGGACCCAGCCAGUCAAGAUAUCAACCUGAACUCUCCUAACAAAAACAGCAUGGAUCGCUCAGACAACAUGGAUCGCUCAGACAACAUGGCCGACGUUCAGGCGGAGGGCGCGAUGGCGAACUCGGCGCUCCCUCUCCCGCCCGGCCUGACAGAGGAAGAGGCCGAGGAGCUCCGCCUCGAACUGACGAAGGUGGAGGAGGAGAUCAACACGCUGCGCCAGGUUCUGUCCGCUAAAGAGAGGCACUCCUCGGAGCUGAAGAGGAAACUGGGCCUCAGUCCGCUCAACGAGCUCAAGCAGAACAUCACCAAGAGCUGGCAGGACGUCCAGACCUCACAAGCAUACAAGAAGACCCAGGAGACUCUUUCUGAGGCGGGACAGAAGACGAGCGCCGCUCUCAACACGCUGGGCACGGCCAUCAGCAGGAGGCUGGGCGACAUGAGAGCUCUGCCUUUCUCUAACUCCUUUAGUAGCAACUAUUCCAUUCGCCACUCCAUAAGUAUGCCCGCCAUGAGAAACUCUCCAACCUUCAAGUCGUUUGAGGACAAAGUGGGAAACCUGAAGCAUAAGGUGGUGGGACCCAGAGGGAACGGAGACUCCGUCAGCUCCCCGACCGACACCACCCCGACUCAGGAGAACCCGCCCUUCUGAACGCACCGCCUCCUCAUCCUCGCUGCCAUCUUCCUCACGACCUCAGACUGUACUGUUAUGGAGCCCUGACCUCUGACCCCUUCAGCAACACUCUGCAUUUUGUCCUACGAUCUGUAUAUCCUGUUAUCAUCUCUGAUUGAAAUAAUAAUUUUGAGCCAGAAAGCAAAAAAAGAAACUAAAACAUUUUGAGUUUUUCCUUCAUUUUGAAUGUCUGUGAUCCUCACUGAAAGUUAAAUACUUUCGCCUUUUCUGCUCUCACACCGUGAGCACAUAUUCUGUCUGUUUCCUCUUUCAACGCAGAUGUUUGCUUCGCAGUUUGAUUGAGAAAAUCUUCGGCCUCAGCGUGUUUCUCACCUCACAAACCCUGCAAGCAGCCACAUCACUCCUAAAAAAACUCACAAAAUACACCCAAGAUGUAAAAACUGCACCCAUUUUGUAUUAUAAACUAUUUUACACUGCUUUGCAUAACGUUUUUACAUAAUUUUUAUCAAUAUGUAUAAAUAUAUAUGACUAUAUAAUAUCGUUGGUGGUAGUAAUCAGGGUUGACAGCAGGAAACAAACACUAGUGGGUCAAUUUUUCUCAGUUAGUUACACUAAUCAAACCAAAGCAACUGGGAAUAAAAAUAAAAACUGGUUUUAAUUUCAACAUUUUCUCCAUUAAUCCAAACCUGGUUUGUUUCUGCUCGUCUCGUCUGCUCAGAUUUCGCUGAAAUAAGAGGAAAACUUUACAGGUUUUCUUCAUUUUUGUGUCAAUUUAGAAAUAUCUCACGCUGCUUUUUGUCAACUGGAAUGUGAAUGUACACAAGUUAGCCGCUGCUAGCAAAAACUAACUAAAUUUAAUGGCUAAAAAAAUGCAGAAAAUCUGUUUUUUUCUGAGCCUGAUUAAAAGAAGGAAUUCAUUUUGUUUUGCUCAAACAAACUUUUAUAAAAUAUUUUCCUGCAGCUUUUCUCUUCCCUUAAGUGAAACAUAACUUCUCAUCAAACUGCUUUAAGUCUAUUUUCUUGUUACACUUAGUUUUUUUGGUAGAUUAUAUUUUCUUUUUUGAGAAUUUGUACGCCGUCAGCUGAAGUUGCCAAUGUUUGAAUUAUCUGUUACAGAAUUUUCUUUCCCAAAUGAGAAAAAAUUUGAUUUAGUUGGACAUUUUCUCUCUUUUUUCCCCACUGACUUAGAUGAUAGCUGAACCUUUUCUGCAUUUAUUUGUAUUUUUUGGAGACGGCCAAACGAGAACGUUGUACCUUUAUUUUUGUGUUUUGUUUUGGGUGCCAAGGGAAGUGCAGCUUUACUCACUUUGGGUCCUGGCUUUGUCUCUGACUGGAAAGUGAUGAGAUUUGGAAAAUCAUGCUGAAGUAAUUAAAGAUCUCUGGUUUUGUUGUAUAUGUGUAGAGAUCAAUAAAGCAUUCCUUUAAAUGAA